AUGGCAGCUGAAAUGGCUCUUGUGAAACCCAUUUCAAAUUUCAGCAACAUCACACCAAAAUUCAACCCUAUCCGUAGAACAGUUUCAUACUCUAUAAGAAUGUCUGCUACCCCAACAUCAUCACCUACUUCAACAAAACCAAGCAAGAAGCCCAACAAAACUGCAAUCAAAGAGACUCUUUUGACACCAAGGUUCUACACCACUGAUUUUGAUGAAAUGGAGACGCUUUUCAAUACUGAGAUUAACAAGAACCUUAAUGAGGAUGAGUUUCUAGCGUUGCUUCAGGAGUUCAAGACUGAUUACAAUCAGACUCAUUUUGUUAGGAACAAGGAGUUUAAGGAAGCUGCUGAUAAACUUGAUGGUCCUCUUAGACAGAUCUUUGUGGAGUUUCUUGAGAGGUCUUGUACUGCUGAAUUCUCUGGUUUUCUUCUUUACAAAGAACUUGGAAGGAGGCUUAAGAAAACCAACCCUGUGGUGGCUGAGAUUUUCUCUCUAAUGUCUAGGGAUGAAGCUAGGCAUGCAGGGUUUUUGAAUAAGGGUUUAUCUGAUUUCAAUUUGGCAUUGGACUUGGGAUUCUUGACAAAAGCUAGAAAAUACACUUUUUUCAAGCCCAAAUUUAUCUUCUAUGCUACAUAUUUGUCUGAGAAAAUUGGAUACUGGAGAUACAUAACCAUAUACAGACAUCUCAAGGAAAAUCCCGAGUACCAAUGUUAUCCAAUUUUUAAGUACUUUGAGAACUGGUGCCAAGAUGAGAACAGGCAUGGAGACUUCUUCUCUGCCUUGAUGAAAGCACAGCCGCAAUUUCUUAAUGACUGGAAGGCCAAGCUGUGGUCUCGAUUCUUCUGUUUAUCGGUUUAUGUCACAAUGUAUCUGAAUGAUUGCCAACGCACGGAUUUCUAUGAAGGAAUUGGACUUAACACUAAAGAAUUUGACAUGCAUGUCAUCAUUGAGACAAACCGAACAACUGCACGAAUUUUCCCAGCUGUUCUUGAUGUUGAGAAUCCAGAGUUUAAGCGUAAGUUGGACCGGAUGGUGGUGAUAAACCAGAAGAUUCUUGCUAUUGGAGAGAGUGAUGACAACUCAGUGAUAAAGAACUUGAAGAGAGUUCCACUGAUUGCUGCCCUAGUGUCUGAACUCUUGGCUGCAUAUCUGAUGCCACCUAUUGAAUCAGGAUCUGUAGACUUCGCCGAGUUUGAACCGCGGCUUGUGUACUGA